AUGUCUGACUCUCCGAUCACAAAUGCCCCCGUCGGGCCACAAGAAAAGCCGAUCUUGGACAAGUUGAUACUGAUCAGAGACAAACUGCUACUUUUGAAACAAGACAAGAGCACAUACGUGAAGUCGUCCGACGUCAUCCCCCUCUACGAUCAGGUCAUUGAGCAGGUGUCUAUCCUCAACGAUGUCCGUGGCCCGGAGCACUUGGUGCAGAAUCGGGUCGACACUGUCCUGGAUGACUGCCUACAACUCAUCUCGCUCUUCUUCAUGGCUGUUGGGCGAAAUAACGAAGCACCUGCGCUCUACGCCAUGACCGGAAACAUCAUGCGGCUGUGCCACCACCUCAAAGAAGCGGCUUUUUAUAGUAAGAAGGACCUUACGGGCCUGGAACAUACACUCAACAAGAUGCAAUCUACUUUGGAGCAUGGGAAAGAUGUUUAUUCAAACCACCUGUUGACGCGGAUAAAGUACCGCCUGGAAAUCUGCCAGGCUAUGCUGCAAGAGUUGAGCGAUUUCCUCAGUACGCUCUCUCCAGAAAUGGUACCAGUCUGGGAGAAACUGGUGUCUAUCUUGAGAGCAAUUGCGGCUUUGAACACGAGAAGCAAGUACAGCCAAAAGGAUCUUGACGAACUGCGCGAUGAAUUGCUUUCCAUUCAGGCCACGAUGAAGGACGGUCAAUUACCAGACGAUACCGGUGUCCCUUCUUCGGGUCAGGACCUGGUUGUACCGUUGCUCAAUCGAUGCUUAAAGUUCACCGAAAUAGUUCAGGAGCGGCAAGGCAAGAUAGACGAACGAUUUAAAGAUGUAUAUGAUCAAUUGAUCGAGAUUCGCAGCCAACUCGAACGGUUGACCAUGACUCAAGCAUGGUCUCUCCGAGAGACCGACUUGUUCAUGUGGCAGAGAAAGUUAGAUCGCAUAGACGAUUCCAGACGAGACGGCAACUUUUUUGACGCCGAAGGCCAUCCGGCGGAUUUGCACGCGCAACGAACUCUGCUCUAUCUCAUCCGACGAGGAUAUGCGUAUAUUCAUCAGCUUCUCAUAGCGUCUGAGCCAGUCUCGGAGGCUCUGCUGCCAAUCUACAAUCAACUCCUUACGUUACGCCGGUGUCUGGUCGAAGUCAAGAAAGCUGGCGGCGUUUCCAAUCCCAGAGAAUUGUACCCGUAUAGCAUGAAAUUGAACUCGAUCGAUAACAUGAGGGUGGAUGGAAAAUUUCAGAUUGGAAAGGACAUUCCUGAAGGACAAGGCGCUGUUAACGAUCUGCUAGCGGAAUGCUACGACCUCGCUUAUGAGCUCCGGACAGCAGCUGAACAGGAAAGCGGUGACGAUUAG